CGGAGAUGGACACUAACUUAUAUAGUGGCCCGACUGGCUCAUGUGAAGCCACAGGUGACGACGACAUGGCUCACAUCUUCUUGCGGCCUUUGCUUUGGACUCGAGUCCAAGUCUCCCCGAGGAGAUAAGAGCAUCUGCAUAAAAUACUUGAGCUUAGAGCCAGGGUCCACGUAGAGCAGGCCUUUCUCUGCAGAUGAAGCCUCGGCUCUUGAUGCUUGCUGCCUGGCGUGUCACCUUUGCUUGCAGUUCCACUUUGAGCACACGUCUCUCUCUUCCUUCCUUCCCGGAGGCAUGCCAAAGGCAAUUUUAUUCCUCUGGAGGGUGCGUCAUUUCGGACUGUGGAUGUUAUUUGAUGAGGCCAUGGAUGCAUCGUCAAUGCAGAAUUACUCUACUCGUGAUUUGUCAAGAGGAGCUGUCGCAGGCUUCCAUUCUUCCUGCAACUAAGAUUCGGAUUCGGGAUCUGCUUCAUUAAGGAUACUACUAUGCAAUAAGUCACAUCAAAGAUGUAUUCUUUUGAAGGGGAUGGACCAUGACAUCAUCCUGCACCCUACAGAAUAUACCUCGUGGAUCCACAUGAAGAUUGUGCAAUUCUGUAUCUUCAAAUGUAGAGUUCAGAAAUAUAAUGGUUUUUUUUUCCUUUCUACUUUGCUCUUCGUAGCAUCAGGUCAAAGCCGUGAUGAGUGUUACAGCUAGAGAGGGAUAGGAAGGACAUGUAGAAAAUUAAAAAUGCAAAAAAUACCUCUUCUGUGCUAAAUGAUUUUAUAUAAGAAAACAAGGUG